AUGAGUGAGGCUGGAGAGGCCUCUCUCACGGAGGUGGCCGCUUCCGUCUCUCCUCAAGCCUCGCAGAAACACCUGGCAUCCUUGGGAGGUGGAGAUCCGCCCCGAGCCCUAGGUGCCGGCAACCUCAGCGGGGAUGAGAUCCCCAAGGCCACCGUGGUGGGCACCAAGGGAAUGGUGCCCAAGAAAGUCAUCGCUAAGAGGGUGCGAGGCUCCAUCAGGUGGUUGAACGUGAAGAAUGGGUAUGGUUUCAUCAGCAGGCAUGAUACCCAGGAAGGUGCGUUCGUUCACCAGAUGGCCAUCCCCCAGAACAACCCUCGCAAGUACGAACGCUGCGUGAGCGACAGCGAGACUGUCAAGUUCCACGUGGUGCAGGGCGAGCGGGGCACCAAGGCCGUUAACGUGAGCGGGCCAGCGGGCGCCCCAGAGGAGGGAAGCCGUUAUGCUGCCAACCGCCCCUGCUUCCACCGGGGCUUCUAUAUUCACGGCCGAGAGCCGCCACCAGGCGGUCCCAAGGGCGCUGAGCACGACGUUGACGAAGGCGAGGGCAGCGGCAAAGGCUUCACCGCGGCCCAGGGCCUGAGGCGCCGUCUGCCUGGCCACCCCCAAGACCAAAGGCCUCGGCGCUUCCCGCCCUGCCGCAGGGCCCCAGCCGUGACCCGCCGCCCAUCGAUCCUGGCUACCACCAGCGGCCCACGGCCCGAUCACCUGCCCGGGUACGCACAGACCACAAGGCCCGAGGGCGAGCCGCGGGGGCAUCGGGGCCCCAGCUACCUGCUGAGCCACCCUAGGGGCCGAGGCACCACUCUUGGUCCAAGACCAUCACCAGGCAUCUCUGCAGAGCUGGAGGCGGAGCACAGGGAGAGCGGGCGCGACGCCGGCGGCGAUCUGCAGUAG